AACAGGGCGGAGGGAGGGGGGGGGACAUCCAGUCCGGGCGGAGACUCAGCAGAGGAGAGCCGCUCCUCAUACCGGACACAGACUCACUCACACACGGUUAUCUGUGAGUCCAUCUGAGACAGCAGCAGGAUGGAGUCCUACAGACUCAGCGGCUCUUCAGACGUCCAGAUGCAGAGAGGCUAUGUGCUACAGCACAGUCCUGGAGCCAGCAGCCAAGAGAACCUGUUUGGGGUGAGAGUUCAGGUGCAGGGCAUCAAAGGUCAGCCUUAUGUGGUUCUAAACACUGCUGGUCAGGAGAGCCACAAGGAUGUAUCUGUCAUAACUCACCAGGCGGGUUACAAACCAGGCACGGUGAGGAGGUCUGUGGAGGAGCCACAGAGGAGGCCAAACUCCUCCGGGUUUCAUUAUCAGAGCCACUCUGAGAUCUUCAGGCCGUAUGAGCCGGAAUACGAUAACCAUAACCCCCCCAGAUCUGGCCACACCUCCCUGUCCACUGAGACGGCACAGACUGCCAAACCCAGGAUCCCUCUGCCUGCCGAGGGCCCCGCCGAAGACCCAGCUGAGUUCAACCACAUGCCAGAAGGACACAGCGCUCCACUGUCCCCAAAGUCAGUGGACACUGACUCCAUCAUGUCUGUGGGCAGGCUAAUCAGCCAGUUCAACAGCAGCCUGCAGAGGGGGAGAGGGCCGAGGAACAGAGUGGACCCAGAGGCCUGUCGACGGUCCCGCAGCGUGGAAAGCAGUCGAACCUUAAGUUCUUCCUCAUCGCAUUUAUCCAGCAGAGCUUCUUCCCUAAAGGGAUCCAGAGGGGAAACCCCAGCUGGUAUUUACCCCCCCGGAUCCGCCAGGGCUCGGCUCCUUGGUGGAGAAUCUGCUCGGGCAAACAGAGAGGAGAGCAAGAUCAGCAAAGGACAACAAGGGACAGAGACAGUAACGCUGUCCAACAGGACAGAGAAACCAACUGUCUCCAGGCCAACGACAGAGCAAACAUCUGAUGAAAGAGACACACAGGUUACUCCUGAUCUUCUGAAAGGACAGCAAGAGCUCUCAGCAGAUCCACCAGAAGAAGCAACAAAGCAAAUACUCUUCACUUGUCUGAAGAACGGGACCACAGACGAUGACCCCACAACCCAAAGGAAAGUCAAACUGCUGCUCGACAACAUCAGAAAACUCAAAUGGAAAACUGUGGAGGGUGUGGAGGAGGAGGAGAAAGCGUCUGCAGCGGGAAUAAAGGUACUGCAGGAGAAACAGGUGACUCUGGAGAAACAAGUGUCUCAUCUGAAGCAAAAACUAGACAUUGAGAUUAAGAAUGAAAUGACUUUAGCCAAGGCAUUUGAAAAAGCAAGGACUGAGAAGAAGAAACUUCAGGAGGAGUUGAACAAAAGUCAGACGGAGCUCCAGAAACUGAGAGGAAAACUGGGUGAAAUUGAGAGAGACCUUCAGUCCACCAAACAGGAGUAA